AGUGUGGUAUCACCCAUUAGAGUUUAAGGUCCAAGUCUAUGAAAAUACUUUUGUAUCAGUGUAGAAGCCAGUGUAGUCUAGAGGAUCAGCGUUGAUAUAUUUGAUUAUUCAAGAGAAAAGUCAAGAACAUGCCAACGUUAAAGAAGACUCUCCACUUCGCUGGUAGUGAGCUGUGCUGUGCUGGUGCUGUGGCUCUGCUGGGAUAUGGAAUGUCUGAAAACUGGUCCACCACUACUGUUAAAUGUAUCUCUAGUAACAGCACUACAUCUGUUAACACCACCGGUUCAGGAAUGGUGACCAUUGGGCUUUUUGAUGGUUCUAUUGUACUAGAUCAGUGCCCAUUUUUUGACUUUUCAAAAUCCAUUACAGUUUUUGGGGAGCUGACGGGAACACCACUCAUUCUCCAGUAUGUAGUCAUUGCCCUCCUUGCUCUCUCACUGAUUGGCUCUGCUGGAAGCAUACUCAUCGCCCUGUACAACAGUAUCAGCAACCCCUAUACGACGUACAUGGGACCUAUAGGGCUGUAUGCAUGCAGUGGUUUCAGUGUGACAACAUCUCUCCUGGGUUUUAUCAUCUAUGUGUCAAGUGUCCACCUGGAUGCUUUUGGUACGACCAUGAUUAAAAAGUAUGCUGGGCAUGCUGCAACGUUUUCCGACUUCAAAGUAGACAUGCAGGUGGGCUUCUUCCUGGUCCUCCCAUACAUUGCACUGAACCUGCUGGCCAUCCUGCUGGUGUUCCUGUAUGUCCAUGCAGCCUACACUCGGCAGAGAGAGCAACAGAAGCCCACAGAGGAUGCCCCCAAGGAGAUCAUGAUGUAUUGAAAUGCCCUGGAAUAUCAGGCAUCAUCCACACAUGUUCUUUUAAACAUAUCUAGAACUUUUUACAGCUGCCUAAUCCCUACCCUCACCCUAAACAUAUACCUAUAUGUCCAAAUGCCCUGAAUGAGGCUGGAUGAGGCUUGUGUCUUUUGUAAAUGUCUUGUAAAAACUUUGUUCUCCACAGGCAAGAAUUUGAUACUGGUCAUUUGUUUUUAUGGUUUAUAAAAUGUGACCUUGGUAGUCAAAAGUCGCACAUUCUAAUUUUGAGAUACAAGCCAAUUGCUUCAAAAAACAUUUUCAUUUUUUUAUGAAAGAAGAAGCAUUCAAAACGAAUUUCCCUAUGUUUCAUAGUCAAAAUAAGAAUGUAAAGUUACAACAUAUUACUGUAUUCUAGUGGGCAAUUCUUACGUGUACCUUCCUGUAACACGUGUACCUUCCUGUAACCAUGACAGGCAGGUACGCGUAGCCUAACCUGUAACUUCAAAUGUGAUUUUCUCAGUUUGUCAAUUGGAAAAAGAUGGUGGGAAGUCAUAAUUCAAAAUGCUGAAUCUUUACAACAAUUCAAGAUAUGAUACCAUUUAAAGCUUAUUGAGUACUCUAUCCAGAGAUACCGAAAUCUCAAUUUUGAAUUGUCGGUCACUGAGACUCAUUUUGCCAGAUCGGGUAACAAAUAUGAAGAUAUGAAGAUAGAUAGAUAGAUAGAUAGAUAGAUAGAUAGAUAGAUAGAUAGAUAGAUAGAUAGAUAGAUAGAUAGAUAGAUAGAUACUUUAUUGACCCCUGCAAUUCAAGGUCACAGUAGCAUACAGACAACACACACACACACAUUCACUAACAGUAAUCACUAAUGAAUUCUGAUCUCAUCCUACAAAACAUCAAUUUAAUGUAUGUAAGUACUAUAAAGGAUGCUGUGUCUAUUCUGAAUGACUGCAAGCACAGCUCAACUUGACCACAUAGACUUUAAUAUUCUAUACAUACACUGUAACAGUGAUUGUUACUAUUAACACAAUGGCAUAAGCCACGUAAUACUUGUGUUUAUAAAUUGAAAGCUAUGCUAAAACUAUUGGAACUAUAUUGCCAUUUUUACAGUUUGACAGGAUAAUAGCCAGUUAUGCAACAUAUUCUCGACUGUUUCUUUUUUUUAGUGAUUCCAGAUCUGUAUUAUUUAUUGUCUUUAUCAGUUUCCUUUGGAAAUGAGGUUGACUGGUAUAUUUGUGGAUUGUUUAUGAUCAAGAGAGUGGUGUUGAUCUUAGUGGACACAAAAAUAAGAUGGCUUUAUGUUUCAUUUUUCAAGCAAUUAAAGAUAAUUACUAUUUCA